CACCGCGCUGGGUCUCGGGUGUUUGGAAAGCCAGGCGCGGUAUAGCACGGUCGCUCUCUGUGUGACGCGGCACACUGCACACUACGCAUGCGCCGCUGUGGAAGCGCCUGAAGCUGAUGUAAGAGGAGACCAACCGGGCGAAGCGGAGAUACCGGACCGGGCUGAGAGCAGGAGGGACGCGCUGAGCGGAGCAGGAGCCGGGCAGCAAAGAUUCCACCGAUAGACGACAACAUGUCCGGGGACGAGGUGAGAGCAGGCGGCGGGAGAGCCGCACACAGCCCGGCACAUGUGGCUGGGAGAGGGCCCGGCCUGCGCCAUGCUUUCCCUGAGAACAGGCCGGGGCCUGGGGGGCCGCUCGGGGGGACACGGGAGGCACAGGGGCUGCAGGCUGGGGGGGGGAUGUCAGGCCUGGGAGUGGGAAGCCAUGGGCCCAGCCAUCAGCCAGGCUCCACAGCCAUCCCUCCCCAUUCAUCAGCCAUUCCUGCCCGGCCAUCCCUCCCCAGCCAUCCUUCCACAGACAUCAGCCAUCCCUCCCUAGCCAUCAGCCAUCCCUCCCUAGCCAUCAGCCAUCCCUCCACAGACAUCAGCCAUCCCUUCACCCCAGCCAUGGCCCAGCCAUCCCUUCACCCCAGCCAUGGCCCAGCCAUCCCUUCACCCCAGCCAUCCUUCCACAGACAUCAGCCAUCCCUCCCCAUUCAUCAGCCAUCCCUCCCCAUUCAUCAGCCAUCCCUCCCUAGCCAUCAGCCAUCCCUCCCUAGCCAUCAGCCAUCCCUCCCUAGCCAUCAGCCAUCCCUCCCUAGCCAUCAGCCAUCCCUUCACCCCAGCCAUGGCCCAGCCAUCCCUCCCUAGCCAUCAGCCAUCCCUCCCUAGCCAUCAGCCAUCCCUUCACCCCAGCCAUGGCCCAGCCAUCCCUUCACCCCAGCCAUGGCCCAGCCAUCCCUUCACCCCAGCCAUGGCCCAGCCAUCCCUUCACCCCAGCCAUGACUCUGCUCACACGAGUUCACAGUCUAGAGGAGGUGGGGGUGUAAAGGGGGAUAGCGACCAAAGGACAAGGUGGGAAAGUAGCCGGAAUUGGCCGAUGAGAGUGGAGUGUGACCCUUUAAGAGAGCGAGAGAUAGCUUUGUGAAAUGAGUUACUAUGGGAGGCCACAAGCUUUUCUGAAGAGGUGGAUUAAGGGACUUUUGUAAAUGAUUAAAGACUAGGGGAGAGUCUGAUGGGGUUAGGCAGGCUGUUCCGAAAGAAUGGAGACUCCUGCAAGAUAGUCCAUUUUCUUUCUGUGUCUAAAUUUGCUUGGUUUAAAUACUUUUAGGAGCUGAGCAGAGCUAUUCGUUAAAUGGAUUUGUCCACUAAACAAUUUAAAAUCGGGAUAGUAGGAUUCAGGUUACAAGAGCCAAGCUGUGACUAUAGCCUUGUUAGAGGAUUUUAUCAGAUUAGCUGUUUUAAACUGAAAGUCGAUAAUUGAACUGAUUUUAAACAAUUGAAAGUUUAGCAAAUGAACCCCCAAAGCAGAUAUGCCCCAAAGAUAGAUCCUCACAUGUUGAACUACAACUCCCACAAUGCUUUGCAUGCCCUCAAAAUGCCUUUCGAAUUAUAAAGCACCUUGGAAGCUGUAGUUUUAAAACAUUUGGGGAUCUACCUUCUCUGCAUCGCUGCCCUAAAUAGUGAUUUGUCUGGUGUGGAAUUCAACGUGAAUAUCGUAUAUUAGGUUAAAGCAGCUUAACAGUAAAAACUCAUUGUUAAAGGACCACUAUAGGCACCCAGACAACUUCAGCUUAAUAAAGUGCUCUGGGUGCCAGGUCCAUCUAGGUUUAACCCUGAAUGCUGUAAACAUAGCAGUUUCAGAGAAAGAGAAACUGCUAUGUUUACAUAUGGGUUAAUCCAGCCUCUAGUGGCUGUCUCAUUGACAGGCGCUUCCACGCUUCUCACUGUGAUUUUCACCGUGAAAAGACGCUUCCAUAGAAAAGCAUUCAAAAUGCUUUCCUAUGAGACUGGCUGAGCGCGCAGAUGAUGUCGGGAGGAGGAGAGUCCCCAGCGCUGAGGGAGCAUGGCGCUGGAAAAAAAGUAGGAAUUUAACCCCUUCCUCCCCCUAGAGCCCGGCAGGAGUGGGACCCAAGGACCCUAUAGAGCCAGGAAAACAAGUGUUUUCCUGGCACUAUAGUGGUCCUUUAAAUUCAGGUAGGUUUUUUUUUUUUAAUUAUUAUUCUUUAUUUUUUUGUGCAUGAGUUAAUAUAACAAGCAAUCAUGCCAUGCCCCAACAGCAGUAGCAUGUAUCGAAAUAGACAAAGUAUAACAGUUGUGGCAUAAAAAGUAGGUGCAUUUUUUUUGUAUAAGGUUUAGCAAGAGAAAACAAGGUGAUAGUCAGUGGUGUGCCAACACAACAAAUGAUAAAAAAAAAAUCAGGCUAUACCGGCUGACUAUGUGAGUGAGGUUUACGAGACUAGAUGAGUGUUGUACAUGGGGAAACAGACUAAUAGCUUUAAUCUCUCCUCUUUUGUUCGCAGCUGAGCAUACAUAUAUUAUAGUUAAGUUACACUGCUAGGUAUAGUCUAAAUUGGUAAUUAAAUUAUCUAUUGUCUCCUUAUUUAUCUGCGGUUGAGUUCCUGGUUUAGUAGGGACUACCGCUUAGACAUUAGCCAGCUUAGCGUUACGAAUUGCCGCAGAGAUACCAGCUCUAGCACACAGCUGGUUAGCGUAUCUAUGGGGUAACAAGGAGAGGUGGUCUGAGUGGUAGAUUAUAAAAAUAACAUGAAAGUAAAAGAUUAACACAUCAGCCUUAAACAGAAUAUCAUGGGAGAAUCAGGCUAAAUUAUAUUAUACUAUUAACCACGUUUAAUCAGGCAACAUGAGGUGAUGGAGCACCAGGACGAUAACAUUUGCUCAGUUCUCUUUGUGGGAGCUGUGCGCGGGAAUGCAGUGAGGUCAUGGGUCCUUACGUUGCUUGCCUUAGUCGGUCAGCCGAUGUCUACUGUGGGCACCCCCAGUACUGCUGUUCAGCAAGGGGUUUCAAGCCUCUGGGUGCCGAUGUGGUCGUGUGAGGUAGUUCAGUCCCUUGGGUAGGAGUUCCCCGGAGCGAUGUGGGUUUGCGGCAGAGUUUCGCUUUGGGUCCCGUCGGCUUCUAUUCUGCGUGGUUUCCCCACAUGAGUAUUGAUCUUCCGGAGGGUGGCGAAGCUGUGAUGGAGUAGUCCCUGCUGGGGAGGUAGGGCGACUCACCGUUGGUCUUGGUCUGCAGCGCAGAGGCUUUUGUUGGGUUGCCUGCAUCCUCCUCCCCGCCAUCCAAGCCGUGCCAUAGCCCCGUUCAGGAUCCGCGGGUUGCUUCACGGCAUCACCUGGGAUUAUUGCUGGUGGUGCCCCCAUGGUGAUAGAUUUUGGCCCAGAAGGCUGUGAACAGGCGACCAGGCAUUUCCUUGAGUGAGAGGGUAGCGGGGAGCUGUUCAGGGGGUUGCACCCGCCAUGAUUUUCAGUGCUGUUCCGGUAGUGCAGGUCAGGCACUAUUGUUGCUUUGGUUGCCGGCAUAUCACUCACCGGCGGGUGGGGGGAGAGUGUGCCGGGGAGACCUCUAGGAGAGUGGGCUGCAGUCAGCGCAGGGAUCGGCCGCCUCCCUUGCACUGUCUGAGUAGGCCUCAGGUCUAUCCCCGUGAGGAAGCCGCUAAUUUCUUUCGGGAGACCUGUUGCUUGUCGCCGCAGUAUGAGACUCCCUUCUCCGGGUCACGAAACUGAGCUCAGAGCACAGAGCUCUUUUGAUAUGCGACCGCUCAGCAUGUCUGCUAGGCUCCGCCCCCCGGCAGGGUUUCUCUCCCCCCCCCAGUUAUUUUGUAUUAAAUGUGAUAUUCACUUUGAAUUGCAGACAAUUCACACUUUUAUUAAUUACCCAUUGAGAGCCAGAAGUACAUCUGUUGAUGCUGAUAGUCCUUGGACUGGAAGCUGACCAAUGAAUGAACCUUAGUCUGUGUUGGCUUCGGGUGUGCAUUUUUUAAUUAUUAGCCUUUAUAGAUCACCAGAAUAUUCUGCAGUUCUUUACAAUUAUACAAAGGACAUUAUAGUCGCCAAAACAACUUUAGUUUAAGCCACUACAGGGCUUCCUGGUUUGAAACUGACUUUUGGGCCAGUAUCUGACGCUGGAUGUCCUCACGAGGACCUCCAGUGUCAGAUUUUUCACCCCAUAGGAAAGCAUUGACUUAAUGCCGCGCAUGCGCAUUUGAAUCCGCUCAUCGUGGGAAGGAGGAGGAGCUUCAAACCAAUGCCAUGGGACAUCGGCGCUGGGUUCAGGUAAGUAAAUUAAGGGUUUUUAACAGCUUUGUAUUCCUGUCGUUUAUAGUAUCCUUUUAAUAAAGCAGUUAGGCUGUAUAGAUCAUGCUCAUGCAGUUUCACCAUUUAGGAGUGAAAUCACUUUGUUUAUACAACCCUAUUCUUUACUCCCUGCAUGUGACUUCCACUGCAUUCCUAAUCUCUUACAAUGCUUAAACUUCCUUUAUUAACAUCUGAUUGAAAAUGAAACUGAUUUUUUUUUUAUUUAUUUUUUUUUAUUUUUUAAAUUCAGAGUGAGAGUCACAGCCAGGGUGUGACUUGGGCUGCAUAAGCAGAAACAAAGGUCGUUUAAAUGGUUUUUUAAACCCCACAUACACACACACAUUUUGUUUUCAGUUUUGCAUGUAAUUUCUACAGAACUGGUGCGACUAAAUUAAAUCAAAAUAGAUUAACGUAUUAGUCCUGAAUGAAAAUGCCUUGUCUUGGAUUUCGAUUAAAGGGUUACACCAAGCAUCUACAGCCCACUGUAGUGGUUAUGAUGCUGUAACCGUGGCUGGUUCCCUUAUUUACCACUAUAAUGUCUUAAAGCAUAGAACUUAGUAGGGCUAACCAUACAGAUAUCUUAACCAUAAUUUUAUAUAGUGUAAGAGAUCCUCUAUUUAACAUAUAUAAAUAAUUGAGAACACAAUAUAAAAUAAGGAUUGUCUUGGAAGCAAUCGUUUUGUCUUUUUGGAUAUUUAUUAUAUAAAAAUAUAAAAUCCAUUAUAGCAGAGUUUCUAAGAUUAAAUUACAUGCUUGCAAAUAUCAUUAACCCCUUCAGGACGGGUGACGGACGAGGUCCGUCACACAGGGGAGACCCUUAACGACGGGUGACGGACCUCGUCCGUCACGCGGUAAAAUUAACCCCGGAUCGCCGCGAUCGCGGGGUUAAUGGUGCUCCCGGUAUGCCUCUGCAUUGGAGGCAUACCGGGAGCACCCGGUCAAGCUGCCCAGCACAUGUGCUCGCUCUGACCACAAGUCGGAGCGAGCACAUGUGCUCUGAAUACUUACCUACCGGCUCCCUGCACUUCCGGGUUCUGUGUGAAGUGCAGGGAGCCGGAUCAGUGCUGAUCCUGCCCCCUGCUGUUAAAAAAAAAAAUAAAGUUAAUUUAAAGUCCCCCCCCCUUACCCAUUUUAAUAAAAAAUUAACCCCUUCCCUGCCAAUUGAUCACUGACUACAGUGAUCAAUUGGCAGGGAUUACAUUUUACUAUGAUCUGAUUUUUUUUUUUAACCCCUGAGGGUUAAUUUUUUUUUUUUAACCCUCAGGGGUUAAAUUAAUUAAAUUAAUUAAUUAAAUUAUUUUUAAAUUAUAUAUUUAGAUAGCUGGGGUAGGUGGAAGUUAGUGGGGAAUUGGGGGAUUUGGCGUUAGGCUAACUAGGGGUUAACGUUAAAAAAAAGUUUUAAAAGAAACUUUAAAAAGUUAAAAAUUAAGCUUAAAAAAAUGUUUUAAUAACAUUUAAGUAAAAAAAACAAAAAAAACACACUUUACCUAGUCCAAAUAAAAAUUAACCCCUUCCCUGCCAGUCGAUCACUGCCUACAGCGAUCAAAUAGAGAUCACAGUAUUAUACUGUGAUCUAAUUUUUUUUAACCCCUGAGGAUUAACUUUUAUUUAUUUUUUUAACCCUCAGGGGUUCAAUUUAUUUAAUUAAUUAAUUUAAAUAUUUUAUAACUAUAUAUUUUGCUAGCUGGGGUGGGUGGGAGUUAUGGGAAAAUGGGGAAUUUACUGUUAGUGCUGCGUACUGCUAGUUAGGGGUUAACAGUAAAAAAAAAUAGCUUAGAAAAAUGUUAAAUCUGUAAAAAAGUUUUAAGAAAGUUUAGGAAAGUUUAAAAAAAAUUUAUAAGCAAAACAAAAGUUUAAAAACUAGUUUUUAAAAGUAAAAAGUUAUAAAAAGUAAAAAAAUACAUUUUAAAAACGCUCAUUACCACUACACCUGGAACAAACUAGAGAAAAAAAAUUAUCCCACGCCAAGGUUCAAAAUAUGCCUUUUGAAUUACCCCAGGGUGUAUUCUUUAAUAAAUAGUAUGUGUUUGUGGGGAAGUUUCAAUAACCAACCGUCUAAACUAUUCCAAAUUGGAACAUGGACACAGCGUAAAACUUCAAAGUUAGAAAAAACUGAAUGGCUGCGUCUCAAAUGCGCCCCUUCAACAUCCACAUAUACCUGGCAAAGGUACAUACGGGGGUAUUGCUGUACUCAGCCGACAUAGCUGAGCAACAUAUGAAGUAUUAUACAGUCAUAGUACACAUAAGGUUUGCAAAAUAUGCUGCGCAAACUCACUUUGUAUGUCAAAAAGGCAGAAAAAAUGCUUAUUACCACUACACUUGGUACAAGCUAGCGGAAAAAUGAUCCCACGCUAAGGUUCAAAAUAUGCCUUUUUGAAAUACCCUGGGAUGUCUUCUUUAAGAAAUGGUAUGGCUUUAUGGGGAAUUUGGAUUAUAUAGCCUGGUAAAAUACUCUAAAAUGGGACAUAGGCACAGCAUAAAAAUUCAAAGUUUGAAAAAAACUGGAAUGGCUGUGUCCCAAAUGUGCCCCUCCGAUGUCCACACAUACCUGGCAAAGGUACAUACGGGGGUAUUGCUGUACUCAGCCGACAUAGCUGAGCAACAUAUGAAGUAUUAUACAGUCGUAGCACACAUAAGGUUUGCAAAAUAUACUGUGCAAACUCACUUUGUAUGUCAAAAAGGCAGAAAAAACGCUUAUUACCACUACAUCUGGUACAAGCUAGCGGAAAAAUGAUCCCACGCUAAGGUUCAAACUAUACCUUUUGAAACACCCUGGGGUGUCUACUUUAAGAAAUGGUAGGCCUUUGUGGGGUAGUUUGAAUUUAAAACCUGCGAAGAUGCUUGGAAAUUGCACAUAGGCCCAGCGUCAAAAUUCAAAGUUUGGUAAAAACGGAUAUGGCUUGGUCUCCUAUAUGGCACUGUAGCUUCACAAAAUAGUGACAAAGACAUUCAUUGGGGUGUAUUUUUACUCAAAAGACUUAGCUGAGCAUAAUUUGGGAGGUUUGAACUUAGUGGCACAUAUGAAAUAUACAAAACGCCCAGCAAAAAUGCAAUCCGUAUGUAAAAAAUGCACAAAAUAAUUUUUUUACCACAUACUUUGGCAUAUAUUGGUGAAAAAAUGGGGUAUGUUAAGGCACAAUAUGCACCUUAUGAGAUACCCUGGAGUGUCUACUUUUACAAAUGGUAGGCCUUUGUGGGGGUUUUUUGAACAGUCAAACUGUUAUAAUACCCCAAAUGGAAGCUAAGGCUCAUUAAAUCCGCCUCUCAAAAUUCUACUGUGAAUACUGUAAAGGACAGGUCUCCUAUAUGGCACUGUAGCUUCACGAAAUAGUGCCAAAGAUAUUCAUAUGGGGUGUCAUUUUACUCAGAAGACUUAGCUGAGCAUAAUUUGGGGGGUUUGAACUUAGUGGCACAUAUGAAAUAUACAAAACGCCCAGCAAAAAUGCAAUCCGUAUGUAAAAAAUGCACAAAAUUUUUUUUUACCACAUACUUUGGCAUAUAUUGGUGAAAAAAUGGGGGCAUGUUAAGGCACAAUAUGCACCUUAUAAGAUACCCUGGAGUGUCUACUUUUACAAAUGGUAGGCCUUUGUGGGGGUUUUUUGAACAGUCAAACUGUUAUAAUACCCCAAAUGGAAGCUAAGGCUCAUUAAAUCCGUCUCUCAAAAUUCUACUGUGAAUACUGUAAAGGACAGGUCUCCUAUAUGGCACUGUAGCUUCACGAAAUAGUGCCAAAGACAUUCAUAUGGGGUGUCAUUUUACUCAGAAGACUUAGCUGAGCAUAAUUUGGGGGUUUGAACUUAGUGGCACAUAUGAAAUAUACAAAACGCCCAGCAAAAAUGCAAUCCGUAUGUAAAAAAUGCACAAAAUUUUUUUUUACCACAUACUUUGGCAUAUAUUGGUGAAAAAAUGGGGGCAUGUUAAGGCACAAUAUGCACCUUAUAAGAUACCCUGGAGUGUCUACUUUUACAAAUGGUAGGCCUUUGUGGGGUUUUUUUGAACAGUCAAACUGUUAUAAUACCCCAAAUGGAAGCUAAGGCUCAUUAAAUUCAUCUCUCAAAAUUCUACUGUGAAUACUGAAAAGGACAGGUAUCCUGUAUGGCACUGUAACUUCACGAAAUAGUGCAAAAGACAUACAAUGGGGGUGUCAUUUUACUCAGCAGAUAUAACUGAACACAAAAUAAAACUUUGUACAGGAAUAGCACACACCAACUUUACAAAAUAUACACGAGAAUUUCUCUGUUAUAAGUUUGUGUGCCAAAAACCAAAAAGAACACAAUUUUACUCCAAUAUUUAGCAGAGGUUGGCGGUGAAAUGGCUACGUAGAAAGUGUCAAAACAACCUUAGGUAAAUAGCCCGUGAUGUCUACUUUAUAUAAAUAUAUACUUUUGUGUGGCAAUUUUGUUUUCUUUUAUGGCUAUUAAGCUUACAAGACAAACAUACCAAAUUCUAAAAUCGCUCCACAUUAAAAUUUUAUUUUACUCCUUGUGCUUUGUGACCUGUAACUACCAAAAAAAACUUAAAAUCCCAGACACAUUAUAUAUUCUGUAAAUCAGAACAAAUAAAUAAAUUUAUUUUUAAUUACUUUCCUUAACCUGCACUAAUUAUGCACACAUUAUUAUUGCAAAAACUGUAAAAAAAAACAAUAUUUUUCAUUUUUUUUGCAUUUUUCUGUAUUUUUUUUAUAAUAAGUAAGCAUUUAUAUAUAUAUAUGUUAUAUCAAAUUAAAGCCCUUUCUGUCCUUUUAAAAACAGUAUAUAAUAUGUGUCGGUGCAAUAAAUGAGAGAGAUGCAAAUUGCAGUUGAACGCAAACAGCAAGAAAAUGCAAAAAUUGCUUGUGUCAUUAAGCGUAAGUCAAGCUUCUGAAGCUGUGUCCUUAAGGGGUUAAUAGGUUAACAUGUCAUCAUGUCAGCCUCUCUGUCAUUUUAAGAUGGAGCAGCGUCUGUCUCCAAGUCUCUCCUCUGUAUCUUAACAUUUAAAAGUACACCUAUUUAUACCUUAGGUGUCUCCAUUUUAGGUUACUGUAGUUCAAAUAUGAAAAAGUAACACUUCUUUUACUUUAUUCAAUUUAGGACCCGCCUUAAUUUGGCAAACAUACAAGGCCAUAACUAAAGGGUGUAUACAUCAUGGAAAUUUUCCUGACUUAGUUCAAGAUGGCAUCUUAAGGUCUGAAUAGGUUAUCUGUUGUUUAUACUAAGUCGUAAGUGUACAGUCGCGGGAGAUUCCUGGAUCUGGGGAAGUUCCAUUAACUUGGGGUUACCACAGUAUAUUGUGUACUGCAAGAGUCGUAGCAUAGCCUUGAAGCUUGUUUAUGCAUUAUUGUUAUUGUAAUUCGUCUGGGACAAAAUGGCGCAAACAUAUUAUGCACUGAGGUUAUUGCUUAAAGAAACAGUUAUGAAAAACAAUAUGUUCCAUUUCUAACACCUUGUCAGUUUGCAAUAUCUCUUAAAGACAAAGUACACAGUUUAAGAAAUACAACAUUUCAUUCUAAAACUUGUAAUAUUUGCAUUUGACUGUAACAAUGCCAGGAGUACCUGGCUACAGAAACUAGAAGCCAAUCUAGUUGCUGUUCAUUGGCUGAGGACAUCAGUAAAUAAUUGGCGCUUAGUCGGUGAGUGGCUUUGAACUUUUCAAAGAAGUAGCCAAAUAGAAAGCUUGUAACUCUUAUUCCAGGCUAGAUAAUUGACCACUAAUGGCACUGCUGGUUUCAGAGUUACACCUCCUGUAGCAAAGAGGUUACACUCGGUUUGUACAGGUUUCAAAGUAAAACUCUGCACAUACAUAAUCCAGGCACCAUGAUAACUUAAAAUCACUGAAUUGGUUAUGGUGCUUGGAGUAACCGUUUAAGUUUUUACAAGCUAUAGGACAAAUAUGGCAAGCAGUGAAUUGCGGUUUUAAUACUAAACUGUAGCCAAAUUAGGCAAGCUGUGGAAUUGACUUAAUAUCUUGGCAUUUUUUAUGAUCCUGCCAACGAACCACUGCCUUGUGGGACCUCCAUACAUCUAUUAAUUACUAUAUUGCCUUACUAGUGGUCAUUUGUCACCAUGACAUGUCUCGUACAUUAUUAGCCGCCAGAACAUACGUUAUGGAUAACAGUUGAGGCAUGUUAUGUCACUAAUGGAUUAAAGCAGCUCUCUUUUAUAUUUAUCACUUUAGUUUAUUUCAUAUAGUUAAAAUCUUCAUAAAAUACCUAUAAUGACUGCUCUGCUAUUUUGUAGAGAUUCCAAAGCAAAUAUAUCAGAAGACAAAGGAUUGCUUUGUGUUCUGGUCAGUACCAUAUCUGACAAAAAAGUUGAGCUUUCUGUAUCAAAUUUUCAGUGUCCACAGCUGCAACUUGGUUGGCAACAGGCAUGUUCUUGCUCAUCAAGAAAGUUGGUCUACGGCUGUGGUGCCCAAAAGGUAGAGCCCCAGGUGUUUUAAAACUACAACUUCCAUGAUGCUUUGUCAUUCUAAAUGCAUGUAAAGCAUUAUCAGAGUUUUAGUUCUACAACAUCUGAGGAUCUACCUUCUCGGUAACCCUGGUCUACGGAGUGUCUUGUGAGAUGCUUCAUAGACCUUCGUGUUGUACUCUCACACCUAUGUGGGAGUACAGCAGUGAGGCUGCUAUUGGCAAUCUAAUACCCAGAAGCUUAAAAAAGAGAAACGGCUUUAGGUAACUACUUUCAGCUGCCGCCAGACAGCCACACUCCAAAUGAUUCUCUCUAAAUAUGCAAAAAAAAAAAACAGAAGUGAGAGCCUGCUUUAAGCCCCCCAUACUUUGUCUAUUUGUUUACUUUUCUAUUCAUUUAUUCCCUCAAGAUGUUAUUUUGCUUUUCUGAUUUAAAUACUAACUUUAAUGAGAACCUGUCGUGCUACUUUAAUGUGUUUUGCUGAAAAACAAAUGUAGUCUUAUGGAAAGCAGACCUUAUUGGCAGCAUGCGAUAAACAAAUGUCAUGUAGCAUCCUUCUCUCUCACAUUACAUCUAGUAAAGAGCAGUUUCUUACAGCAUCCGUUUGAUGGGUCUAUUCCAUGUAGCACUGACCUUGCACUUGUCAUUUACAGCAACCACUUCAAUCACGUAUAGAAACAAAUGCUAAAGUUUAAAGUGGAAUGGUUAGACUCCUGGAAGUCACAAUAUCCUUUUACAUCUUCUAAAUAAACCUGAUUUAAAGGACCACUAUAGUGCCAGGAAAACAUACUCUCUUUCCUGGCACUAUAGUGCCCUGAGGGUGCCCCCACUCCUGCCAGGCUCUAGGAGGUGGAAGGGGUUAAAUUUACCUCUUUCUCCAGCGCCAAGCAGGGAACUCUCCUCCUCCAGAUCGCCGUCAUCAGCUGAAUGCGCAUGCGCGGCAGGAGCCGCCCGCGCAUUGUCAGUCCAUAGGAAAGCAUUCUCAAUGGACACUGGCAUCUUCUCACUGUGAAAAUCACAGUGAGAAGCGUGGAAGCGCCUCUAGCGGCUGUCAAUGAGACAGCCACUAGAGGCUGGAUUAACCCUAUUAUAAACAUAGCAGUUUCUCUGACACUGCUAUGUUUAUAGAAGAAAGGGUUAAUCCUAGCUGGACGUGGCACCCAGACCACUUCAUUAAGCUGAAGUGGUCUGAUCAAUUUUUUGAUCAUGCAUAUCCCUGUAAUAUAGUCUAUCAUAAGAUUUUUAGACAGUGGGUUGGAGUAACAAAGCAAAAUAAAACCAAAGGUGAACUGGACUGCCUCUAGACAUAGCUUUCUCACAUCAUAUAUAUGUUGGCUGGAACUCAGCCAUUGGACACUGUUACCUUAAGCUGAAGUGGUCUGGGUGCCUAUAGUGGUUCUUUAAGAGUUUUUUUAGUGACUAAUUCAGUGUAUGUAGAAUUAAAAAAAAACUAUCCAUCUUUCUAUGCCAUGCAUGUAUGACACUGCGGGGUUCAUACUAAUUUACAUGGCAUUCUCAGGUUGGGCCAAGACAACCAGGCAAUAAUUUUAAAUAAUACUUUUGUUUUUAGUUUUUAGUACCCAACAUUUAUUUUGCUAUUAAUUGUGUGAAUAUCCCAUGAAAUAUUGUACCUACAUCAUGCAAUGUAAUUUAAGGAACACUCCAAGCACCAUAACCACUAUAACGUGGUUUAUAACGUGGUUGAGGUGCUCUUACAUUGGCCUUUCGCUCUAUUUUAAGUAGCCAAAUCUUUGUGGACUGUUUGACAACUUUCCUGAAGUCUUCUAACCUCUAUGGGUCCUUUCCCAUCUCCCCUGGAGACAGAAGCUCCUGCAAGGAGCUUUCUUUAAUUCUGCUGUGCUACGUAGGACUGACUCCUUGGCUGAGAGUGUCGGCUGAGCAAUCUCAGCCAAUGAGCACCUGUCUGCACUGCCAGGCUUAGCUCAGUGCAAAAAAAAAUAAAUUAAACUUCAGAGAAGGUGGCAGGUUCCCAGCAGACCCCAUGUAAGUUGUCAAACACUGAGCUUACUGUAGGAGGUAAACAGUGCCCUCUUGUCACCGUCAAUUCAACAGCAGACUGUAGUGGUUAUGGUUCUGUUCUGUGAUAAAAAACAGGGGACAGCUUGCUUUCAGUCUGAUCUUCCGGUUCCUCUUACUUGCCACAGUAUGUUUCAUAGUGUUAAAUUACCAAUAUGCCAAAAACAAUUGUCAGGACAGCACAGUGGAAUGUGAAUGUUGCUCAUUUUAGAAUUGUGAUGAUAAUAAACAGUAGCCCAGUAUUUAAUUCCCACCCCAGUAAAACUGUGUGCCUCGCUAAUAAUGGAGGAACUCUGCUGUGUGUACAUAUUUCUAUUGUAUCCACAUAAAUGCAGAUUUAUAAAUAAUGACUCUGCCAUUUUGUCUGGGUGGAGUGGGUGGCCAUUGCCUGCUGCUCCUAAUGGGGGCCUUGUUGAUUUCAACAUAAUAAAGAGUUCCCUGGCAACUAGUAAGCAUAUUCAGUCAUUUUGUUGCUUCUUUAAAUGGUUGCAUACAGAAACAACCAAAACCAUGUGGAAUAAACCUAGAUAAUUUUUUUUUAAAGGCUUUUGCUCCACUUUCUUUCAGCCACUAGUAACAUUUCUCUAUCUGUAAAAUAACCCAUUCAGUGGCAAAAGGGCUAUAUAGUACAUAAUGUUCUUGCAUGCAUAACAUUACUCACGGGGUGUGUGGGGUUACCAGUUACCUAAUAUGGAAUGCUGUGCCUCUUCUUGCAGAUGAUUUUCGACCCCACCAUGACACGGAAAAAAAAGAAGAAGAAGAAGCCUUUCAUGUUGGAUGAAGAAGGGGGUGAACCGCAGGUGGAGGAGACUCAGGUCCCAGAGACUAAAGAGGUUGAGCCGGAGCCUCAGGAGGAGAAAGAUGUUGAUAUAGACGAGGAGACCUUUAGAAGAAAAGGUGAGCUGAGUUUUUUUUUUUUGGCCAGAAUACUGACAUAUUUUCCACAUACACAUAAGUAGCAUGCAACACAGUACCCCAAAUGAUUUUUUAUGGGAAGUUUAAAGGGAAUGAAAGUUCAAAGUUACUCUAAUUUUUUAAAUCACAACUUAAUGGAUGUACCUUCCAAUAUCCUGACACUUUACGGUCUAGACUGCUGCUUCAAGCAGACCAUCCCUCACCAGAAAAAGGAUCCACCAAUCAGGAGCCUUUAAUUCUAUUCUGUGGGUUCUGAUGACUAGCAUGGGUUUAUGAUAUCAGUAAUUUUAUUCCCCAGCUACAGUUCUACUCAUCAUGUGUGCACCUUUGCAUACUCUAUAAAUUAUUUUCUAAUGCUUAUUUAUUAACAUAACAUGCUUACAUUUUUUUUAGUGAUCUUAGCAAUGCAUUGCAUGUGUGUCACUCUGAUUUAUGCAGAACAAUUCCAGGAUCAAAGGAAUACCACAGCAUUAGGAAAUCAAAUCUGAUUUGUAACACUACAGUGUUCUCCUCUUUUAUUUUGAUUCAUUCUUCCAAUCCCCUAAACCUAGAAAAAUUGCAGGGAAGAGUUUUACUUACCUUUUUUCCUCUUUCUGAGAUUGAAGCACUUUCUGAGAUUGAAGCUCGAACUGCUUCCUGUGACGUCACACAGACUCUUCUAAAUGUUCAGUGCAAAGCUCCUCAGCAUUGUGGCCUAAAAGUGCAUGCAUGGCAUGGAGUGCGUUUGACUUGGUUCUCACAGCAGAAGUGCCUCUGGUGGUUGUCAGGUAGAGAGCCACUAGAAACGUAUUUAACCCUACAGUGUAAGCAUUGCUGUAUCUACUAAAAGGAAAUUUUACAUUGAAGCGUUUGUCUGUGUUUGAGUGUUGGUUAUUGCAGAUGCACAGCGUAACAGACUUUAACUGGACAUCAAACUUUUUUUUUAAUUUUAAUUUUUUAUUAUUAGCUGUGAAGUGCCAACUUGUCAUUUGUGCAUGACGGCUGCACUUUAUUAUCCAAAAAGACAGAUGGUUCCUCAUUGAUGGGUAUGUCAGGUUUGCUUAGUUUAGCAGACUGGGAACAAGUGGCCCUUCCGAGCCUUCACAUCAGAUUACAUUUAUUCCUUGAAAUCCUCCACUACGCCUCACUAGCCAGGGGCAAAGCUGCUAAUGCAAUCAGCAUUGGGAAAUAACUAUUAUAUAUUUUAUUAAAGAUGCACCAGAUGAUCUGGAUGACUUGAAUUUCUUCAACCAGAAGAAGAAGAAAAAGAAGACGAAAAAGUUUGACUUGGAUGAGGCAGAGGAAGCUGUUAAGGUAAGAAGAGAUUUUUGGUAUUGUAAAUUCUCUGCACCGAUAUAGAAAGAUCCAUCAUGGUGCUCCGAAUCUGCUUUAUUUAUUUUCAGAAACAGUCAGUAUGCGUAUCUUAAAGAUAUAAAGAUAGAGUACUUCCCAACUUUUUGUAUUUGAGUAUAAAGUGAAAAAAAUCUGAUUCUUUGACAUAUUAAUAAGUUAUGUCUGUUUCAGCAUCUUGGAAAUAAGCUUUGUAUAGUAACACUAAAGCGUUUUUAUAACACCUAAGUGUUCCUCUGCACUCCUACUUUUCCCUGUCCGCAAAUAACCCUUUUUACACUCUCUUUAUUCCAGCCUUUUCUUUGCCUCGUCUGACGUCCGCGCAGAGGGGGAGCCCAAGUGCUCGUAUUAGGCCUUCCCCAUAGGAUAACAUUGAUUCAAUGCUUUCCUAUGGGGGAUUUGAAGAUGCGUGAGGACGUCAGCGUUGUUUUGUAGAGUCAAACUCUGUGAAACAGCAGGGUGUGCCUCUACUAGCUCUGUGGUAGACGACCACCAGAGGCAGUCUUGGCCCUGCAAUAUAAACAUUGCAGGGUAAAGGGGAGAUUCCGUGGUUUGGGUGCCUAUAGUGUCCCUUUAAACUGACAGGAAAAAAAAGUUGUUGAGACUUAAAAUACGCAGACAGGCAGUAGCUCUUUCAACAUAAGAGUUCCUUGGCAACUAGUAAGACUCUUAAAUAUAUAUUUUAACAUGAAAUCAACAGCGCUCAUUCGACUGUAACACACAUUCUGAUCGUGAAAAUACUAACCUAGAUAUUUAAAUGUGCAUUUUCUAAUAUUUCAUGGAUAUAUUCCAGUUUAUGCAUGUAACUCUUCAUUCUCUCCUUAUAGAACCUCAAAAUCGAAACAGAAGUCCAAGAGGCCUCAGAAUCUCAGGAGGAUGACCUGGAUUUCAUGCUGGGCAAGAAAAAGAAAAAGAAGAAUGUGAAGUUCCCUGAGGAGGAUGAUAUCAUUGACAAAGAUGAAGGUAUAAUUCGGAGUGGUUUGUGCAAGAAAAAUAGUGGUUGUGAGAAGCUAUAUCACACACCUAAGAAACCUACCCAUUUGGCAUGUCGUAGAAUAAAUUUUCCAUGUGAUCCACAGCAUGAGGAAGGCCUGAGGUUCUCUAUCUCUGUUAAUUCAUUCUAAAUGUCAUGUUUUGUAGCCUUUGAAGAAGAAGAAAACAAGAAAGAUUAUGACAUCACCUUCGUCUCUCAACUUGGACCUGCAUGGGCUGGCACUGAAAGGGACUAUACAUACGAUGAGGUGAGAACUUGCUACUCUUGUACUUCUUGAAUAUCAUUGAAGUGCUAAGUCAUAAAAAAAAGUAUAAUGCCUAAAAUAUUUCCUCAAAGGGGCUUUAAAAUUCAUAAUUGCUGAUCAGAAGAUUUAAGGACCAGUGUUCAUUGGUUGCGUGUCAGCUGACCUGCUCAACCUAUGAAUGCCAUCAAAAUCUGGUCAAAACCAUCAUUGCUUAUUUGGAAGUGGAACUUCAUAAGCAAUAUGUUAAGUAGCUGCACUACGGAUGCCCUCACAAAAAUGGCAUGGGCAUGCUGGCAUAAUGGGCACUACAAUGGACUUUAGUGAUUAUGGUGCUCUGAAUUCACCAUGAAAAUGUUUGUUCUCCGACAUAAAAGAUUAGAUCUUUCCUUCCAGUUAAAUGUAUUUAUUUUGAAUCCCUAGAUUUUUCUCUCUCCUUAUUCCACCAACAACCAUAAUAAAUCAAAUGUGGUGAGGCACAAUAAAAUAAUGAUUAUUACAAUCUAACUUUUAUGCAAUAUAGUUAAAAAUAUCCUAAAUAUGGCUAUACAAUCCAAAUAUUGUGUACUGCAAAAUAGCAGGAUUUUUAUAGAGAAAUCGAAUCAAUGUAGAAAAUGCUUAGAAGGAAAAAUAGUAGAUAUAUAAAUGAGUACAAAGGACUAUCGUAACAAAAUGUCUUGUCCUGAAAAAAGAGGAUAUGUACUGGGAAUUCGUUGGAACUGGCUAGUUUCUCCUAAGGGGUGGGGUAUAACAAAUAGCUAGAAUCGAUAUACAAAGUUUAUAAAGUCAAUUAGAGUAAGUUCGUAUUCCAGCUAAAAAGGUAUCCAAAAAAAGUAUCCGUAAGUUAGACCGUAUGUGAUGAUGUACCAGAUCCACCACUGGAUGUUACUGGAUACCCAUUUGCAACACAGUAUAGCAAAACCCAAGGGACAUGAUCUAUACACCAAAACUGCUUUAAGCUAAAGCUGUUUCUGUACAUAUAGUAUCUAAUGAAAUGAAAAUUAUUUGUAAAGGCUCUUUUCUGCUUUACACGGUUUGUUGCAUCCUCCUUGUUAAGUAAGGAAAUGCUUUGCGUCCUAUCGAAUGGUUUCAAAUUCCACUGAAACUUCUUUUGGAGUUUCACAACAUUUUCUGCAUCCCAUAGCUUUCUUUAAUGAAUUUUAUCACCCCUUCUUUUAUGUUUUUUUUUUUUUUUAAAUCUUUUUCUUAGCUGCUAAACAGAGUUUUUAACAUUAUGCGGGAGAAGAAUCCAGACAUGGUGGCCGGAGAGAAGAGGAAAUUUGUCAUGAAACCACCACAGGUUGUUAGGGUUGGGACAAAGAAGACCUCAUUUGUGAACUUCACAGACAUUUGCAAAUUGUGAGUAGCUGAUUGUCUUCUAUAUAUCCUUGUCGUGCUGUAUAUUGGUAACUCCGAUUUCCCUUUAUAGAACUUGAAACUCCCUCAAGUUUAAAGUAACACCAUAGUCAGCAGAACAACUAUAGCUUAUUGUAUUUGUUCUGGUGAGUAUUAUUAUUCCCUUCAGGCUUUUUGCUGUAAACAAUGUAUUUUCAGAGAAAAUGUAGUGUUUACAUUACUGCCUAGAGGUAACUGCACUGGCCACUCCUUAGAUGGCUGCUAGAGGUGCUUUCUAGGGCAGUGCUGCAUACUGUGCAGCACUGCCGUCCAGAAUCUCCACCCUCUGUAUGCGGACACUGAACUUUCCUCAUAGAGAUGCCUUAAUAUAAUGAGUCUCUAUUAGGAGAUGCUGAUUGGCCGGGCUAUGUUUGGCUUGUGCCUCCUUGACAGUCUUAGCCAAUCCUAUGGGGACGAUUUGUGAUUGUUGACAUCAUUAGAAGUGGUGGUCUGAGGCAGACAGAGCAGGGGCAGAGCCAGCAGCUGCAGGCAAGUAUUAUGUUACUAUAGGGGGGGGCUAGAUGGUAGUUUUAAAACUAUAGGGUCAAGAAUACAUGUUUUUCUGACCAUGUAGUGUUCUUUUAACACAUAAGUAUUUAGCAACUAUUGAUACAAAUUAUAAAGUGCAAAUUAUAGUGAUUUCCUAUAUUGCCAGCUACCUACAGAAUUAAAUUCCUUCUUGACUCAAAAGCAGAUGUUAAUAUUUAUGUAGGUUAUUAUAUAUCCUUGGUUAAUUUUUCAGCUUUCUUGGGAGGCUGCUGGCAGGCAGGGGCCGUUCUUUUUGCUGGUUGAUCAUCCUAAAAUGACCAGUCCUAUAAAAGGGUAUGGAAAGUGGAGGGGUCUGUUUUGCUACAUAGGGGCUGUCAAAGGAAAUACUGCCCUUAACCAUUUCACUACCAGAGUACAGUAUAAAUGUUUGUUUAGACUUUGAUGUAUUUUGCAGAAUGAAAUGUAGUCCAUAAAGCCUCAUUUACCCUCAAAGGUGCUCUAGGAAUGAUUACCAGCCUGUGAGGCAGUUGUACACCAGUCCCCAUGACCCAUUGACAGUCUAGAGUUUGUUGAGAUAGUGAUGAACCUGGACUGUUAAGUUAUGAUGACUGGUUUGGGAACCAGUGUUGUAGUUGUAGUGGUUUUUAUUUUUUCUCUGCCUAAAGCCACUGGUCACCGAUUUAAUUCCUCGGGUUUGCUGUAAAUGCCAGCUUCCAAAUAAUAAAGGAAGUUUCAAUGGGUCUCAUGAUUCCUCAAGAAGGGGGGAGGAGUAAUUUGACUUUACAUUUUGCUUUUCGGAUUAUAUUGCCUUUCCACAGUUUGAUAAAGAUUGCUAGUUUUAAUAACCUUUUUUUUAUUUUAUUUUUUUUAAAGCAAUACUUUAACUGUAUUUAUUAUAUGUUGGCAUUAUGCUCAAAUGCAGACGUUCAUUUUGCAUUUUUGUUGCCACUUUCACUAAGCUGCAAUGAUUUCAGGGUUCUUACAAAUAUAUCUAUAGCACCUUUUCACUGGGAUUUCUAAGCCAAGUCUCUCUUGUCUAAAAAUAUAUUUCUAAAUCCUUUUGGUCAGUUGAUAUACUUAUUGUGUGUCAUCUGACAUUUUUCUGCCCAGCCACCCAUAUUGUCAAUACUCCCUUGGAGCAAUGAGACAGCCUACUUUGACAUUCCUUGCCUAUUUCUUUUUUUCUCAUCUGCACUUGGAAGUGUGUGUUUUUUUUUUUUGUUUGUUUUUUUUUGCAUAAAUGAUACAGCAGAUGUCUCUGACUCUUUAUAUGGCAUAUGUUUUUGUUUGUUUUGUUCUUAAAAUUUAUUUAUUUAAUCCCUCCCACCCCUAGAUUACAUCGUCAGCCAAAACAUCUUCUGGCUUUCCUAUUAGCGGAGUUGGGUACAAGGUAAGUGUAUCUUGAGCAUUCGUUCUUGUAACUGAUUACUUACACAAAUGUAUUAUUCACUAAGCAGUUUAAAGUAUGUUAUUUUGUUUGCAAUCAACGUGUUCUAUUUUCAUGUAGUACGGCCUAGUAGUUUUUAAAGAAAAAUGUAUUUAUUUUGUCACUUCUGUUUGUCUUCGUGGCUUUACAUUUGACUUAAAUUUUAUAUCGAUAAUAAGGAAUGAAAAAUCCCUACACUUGGGAAGAUGCUGCUCAAGUGUACGCAGAACCUCCAAAAGACUGACAGUCUACUAUUCCUAAUAUGCGGGUACCCAUAGCUGUACAGGCCAGAAAGAUGAAAAUAAUGAAUUGUGAAAUAACGUUUAUACUGCAUAGCUACUUGUGAUUUCCCUAGCAAAGUAUGGAUAUUGUGUUAUGCACAAUGAAACCAGAUCGCCUUCAUGUAAAUAUAAAUCAACGGAUGCCCCCUAGAAAGCUAUUACAGAAAUGUUGUAAAUUCACUGGGCCUGCUGAUCUCCCUAGACAGAUAACGUUGAAUAAUGCAGAGGCCAUGCCUGCCUUUCUAAUUUCCGAUGCACUAACUGCUUCUCUUGUAUCUGUCCAGUGGCUCUAUAGAUGGCAACAACCAAUUGGUAAUCAAAGGCAGAUUCCAACAGAAGCAAAUAGAGAAUGUAUUGCGACGAUAUAUCAGUAAGUCUCUCCUCGUACCGAGUAAAUCCAUUGUAGGAUAAUGAAGUUGUUGCUUGUAGGACGUGAUUUGAUUGUAUAUAAACUGCUGUUUUCCCUUGUCUUCAUUAAUUUAGCAUAUUUUAAAUGAUCUUGUACGCCAUAAGAGAGAUGUGGGAGAUGGUUUUCUUGAUAGUUGUUUCUUAACCCCUUAAAGGACCACUAUAGUGCCAGGAAAACAAACUCGUUUUCCUGGCACUAUAGUGCCCUGAGGGUGCCCCCACCCUCAGGGACCCCCUCCCGCCCGGCUCUGGAAAGGGGAAAGGAGUUUAAACUUACCUUUUUCCAGCGCUGGGCGGAGAGCUCUCCUCCUUCUCUCCUCCUCCUCUCCGCCCCGCCGGCUGAAUGCGCACGCGCGGCAAGAGCUGCGCGCGCAUUCAGCCCGUCGCAUAGGAAAGCAUUUACAAUGCUUUCCUAUGGACGCUGGCGUGCUCUCACUGUGAAAAUCACAGUGAGAAGCACGCAAGCGCCUCUAGUGGCUGUCAAUGAGACAGCCACUAGAGGAUUAGGGGGAAGGCUUAACCCAUUCAUAAUUAUAGCAGUUUCUCUGAAACUGCUAUAAUUAUGAAAAAAUGGGUUAACCCUAGCUGGACCUGGCACCCAGACCACUUCAUUAAGCUGAAGUGGUCUGGGUGCCUAGAGUGGUCCUUUAAGGACACAUGACGUGACAUGUCAUGAUUCCCUUUUAUUCCAGAAGUUUGGUCCUUAAGGGGUUAAAAAAAUCCCAAUAGAUAUAAACUUGAUUUUUGAAAACAUUAUAGUUUCUCUAAUAAUAGUGCGGCAGAGUAUGUCCUUAAGAACAUGACAAUUGUGUUUAUUGAAAACAUAUGGUAUCUCAUCAAAAACGAGUGUGGGGGUUGCUGUUUUAGGAUAUAAGCAGACUGGGAGUUGUUUCCUUUGCGUUCAUACAAAUAGUGUAACUGAGUGACAAUGUCCUGUGGAAUUUAGAAGUAUACCUUUUUCAUAUACUGUACUUGCUGUUUUAGUUUUAGGUCAAUGUUUAAGUUUCUUAAAGGAACAAUCCAUUGAAAAGUUUUUAACCGUUUAGUAGAUAUAGCACCAGAGAGACCAUGCAUUUUAUUUCUUUGGAAUAUAUUUAAACACAGCUUGCAAAAGCUGCAGAUCUGCUGUUUGCAGCCUUUGCAAGCCUUCCACUUUUUUUCCUUGGAAUACAUCAAUCAGAGGCUUCCCAAUUAAAAACCCUCUCUGCUAGAGCCACAAGUAAGCACCUACUCACUGUGCCACACUUUAUUAUUCUUAUGACUCUAAAAUAUGACAGAUUCCCUUGUUGACCUUAAUGGCAAGUGUCAGGAAAGGAAUUUUGUGGGUUUUGUAUAUCAUGCGGGUCAUGUAUUUUGUUUUUGUAUUCUGUUAAACAUGCUAUAAGCAUAGUUGCAUUGUUUUUAAAUAGACCUUCUUAUUCUGUUUUGCAGAGGAGUACGUGACAUGUCACACCUGUCGAUCGCCAGAUACAAUUUUACAAAAAGACACAAGAUUAUAUUUCCUACAGUGUGAGACUUGCCACUCCCGCUGUUCUGUGGCAAGCAUUAAAACCGGUUUCCAGGCCGUCACCGGCAAGAGAGCUCAGCUCCGCGCCAAAGCCAAUUAACCGGCCUUUUCACCUGUUCAUAUUUUACCAGCUCAUUGUGAGGAAAUACACAGGGCAUCCACUGGCAGCAAUGGGAUUGCAACCCUCUAUAAUGUAAAGAAUGAUUUCCAAACUUGGAAAGGAGUUCUUUGGCUUAACAUUUCCCCAUUUCUCUGUGCAAAGAGCUUGCAGACAUCGGUUAUUAUAGCUGAUAAAGCUCUUUACUCUUACAACCCACAGAAAAUGUUUACCAAGUGUCUGAGGGAAAAGGGGAAGCUACAAUAUGCAUUUUUAACCCGAUUUCUGUUAAAUGCUAAAUACAUUAAAGGUAAUACAACAUUCAUAGACCAGUCAA